AUGUACAAACUUUGCACAACCGACGCUUAUACUUUCAAUUUCAAAAUCUACUGUGGUAAAAAAGAAGACAUAAGUGAACAUGGACAUACUGUUGAUGUCACAGUAAAGUUGAUGGAAAGUUUAUUGAAUGAAGGUAGAUCAUUAUACACGGAUAAUUUUUAUGCCAGCGUAAAAUUAGCGGAAUACCUUUUACAAAAUGACACUUACCUUUGUGGGACUUUGCGAUCUAACAGAAAAGGAAAUGCGAAAGAUGUUUGUAAGAAAAAUCUGAAGAAAGGUGAAAUGUAUGCGAUGGAGAACGCUAAUGGUGUGCGUGUUUACAAAUCGUUAGAUAAAAGACCGGUUAUAAUGCUCAGUACUUUACCUCAAAUUAUGGAUGAAUUAGUCACUACGGGAAAGAAGAACAGGAAGGAAGAAGAUAUAAAAAAGCCACAAUGUAUAAUAGAUUAUAACAACGCCAAAAAAAGUGCAGAUAUAUCCGACCAAAUGUCUUCAUACUAA